ACCCGCUCGCAAGACGCGCCCACGGCCGGUGUGCCGCCGUCUGCUCGCCCGGCCUAGCCGCUGCAGCAUCACUUCAAGCCGCCGGACGCGAUGCCGCUCUUUCAGCGCGACCGGGCGCUGCCCGACGCCGUCUCGCAGUAUCUCUGGAUUCGUGCGGGCGCUGCGGCAAAGAGCUCGGAAGAGGCCGGCUCGGGCAAGGGCAAGGCGGCAGCUCCAAGCUCCAGCUCAGCCAAGCCCGUCGCUCGGCUGCGCAGCGACUGCUCGCGCACGUACUUCCCCGGCCAGGACGUCUCCUGCCGCGUGGAAGUCGACGAGAGCGUGUGCGCGGCCGGCGGCUCGCUCGACGAGCUGCGCAUCGAGUGCAAGGGCGAGGUCAGCAGCUUUGUCUACAUCUACGCCGGCCAAGGCGGCCAGGGCCGGCAGACACAUUACGAGACCGUCACGCUCUUCUCGGCCAGCUGCGUGCUCUUCUCGCGCACCGACGCGCCGCAACUGGAUCAGGCCCGCGGCAUCAUCGCUACGCCUGCGCCGCCGUCGCUCGACGAGGCAGCGGCACCAACACGAGCAUGGGACGUGCGCUUCACGCUGCCCUCGUUCUGCUCUGACAGGUAUCGAGCCGGGAAGCUGGAGCCGGUCCCGCUGCCCUCGUCGUUCAAGGACACGACAAGCGGCAAAAUGGGCGGCAGCUCACACGUCGUAUACACAUGGAAGGUCGUCGGCGUGCGGCGCUCGAAGUUCAUGCGCGACACGCGCGUCUGGCUGCCAUUUCUCGUCUCGCCGCUGGCGAUUGGUCCUGCGCCGCCGCUCGAGAUGCUGCAGCUGCCAGCGGCGGCGCCAGAGCCGACGGCCAUGCCAAAUCUGCCGAUGGCGUGGCAGCAGCAGACGGUGCGGCAAGCCUGGCGGAACGCGCUGAUGAUCAAGCGGGGUGAGGUUGAAGCCGAGCUGUUCAGUGCGCCGCUCGAGGCCUCGCCUGCCGUGCCAAUCCCCUUCAUUCUACGGCUCACAGUCACGGCCAAGUCGCAGGCGGACGUCGAGCCGGGCAGCAGCAAGCUGCCGCGCCUGCCGCUCGAGGCCAGCGUUGGCGGGCCGGUGUUCUCAGCGCGACGCGCCACGUCGAACGGCAUGAAGCACACGAUGGCGACGCUCAGCGAGCACGACUUCCUCGUCGACCUGCCCCUGCGCGUCGAGUGGAGCACGACGCAUCUUGGCUCGCGCCCGGCGCAGGGCUCGAGUGCGACGGGCGCCGGCGCCCUCGAGCUGCGCGGCCCGGGACACGGCUGGACCAAGCCCGUGGCAGCAGCCGACGGCGGCUGGAGCUCGACGGCGCUGCUGUCGGGCAAGAUGCACUGCGACCUCUCGCCGACGUUCUACACGCCCACCCUCUCCGUCUCGUACGUGCUGCAGCUCGCCGUGCCGCUCUCUGGGCCCGUGUCGCUGCGCGAGCAGCUCGGCGAGCUCACCGUCACGAGCGGCAUACGCCUCGAGGAUCUGUUUGAGCUGGACCCAGCAGAGGCAACACGCCGCGCCGUCGGCUCUCGCGCUGCGCUGCUCGUCUCGACGAACAGUGCGCAGGGGCAGGACGAUGAGCAGGCGCGCAUCCACGAUGCGCUGCCCGACUAUGGCGCCGACGACGGCACGUGGGACGGCUGGGACGACAAGAAGGUGCUGGCUGCGGACGGCAGCGAGCUGCCGGAGUACGAUGACAAGACUGGAUUGGCGGCAAAGUUUGGCUGGGGCAAGAAGGGCUGAGAGAGAGACGUGUGGGUGUACAUAGUGACGCUGGGUGAAGAAUGACGAUGACGCGGGUGCCUGG